AGGGGGCCACGGUCCACUCUCCCCUGUGCGCACACCUAUGACUAUCACAUUUUCUACAUUGUACACAAUACGUCAACAUAAAACACAUUUAAUUUGGUAUCAGCUACUAGCAGAACCUAUUUUGUAUUGUUAAAUUUCAAGUGAAUGGAUUUACUUAACUAUUUGUAACUUAAAGAUAAUUUGUAAAUUGUUCAGUAACAAGAAAGAAACAAGAAGAAUGGUGGAGUUCAGUUAAUAUGACCAAUGUAUUUAAAAGUUUUUUGAGAGACAUAAAAGGCACAUUUGUUUAAGACGGUUAUAAUUUCAGUGACAGCUGUAAAACUGCAAGCUCCAAUAAAAAGGUUUAGACGUCGGUACGAUGCCUGUGGAUCGUCUAGAUCAAUUAACAAAUUUCACACCCGAAAGCUCGUCAAGUUACAAUCCAACCGUGGUCGACCAUUCGACAAAUUUGGGCAUUUUGGAGAAGAUCGACGUGAAGAAAUUACUAGACGCGCUGAAAAUACUCAGCGAGGAAAAAUCUGCAGGAGUUUCGAAAACUACGAGUUUACCGUCUACCGUACAGAACGCGGUACACGAAUUGGACUAUUCGAAAGACAAGGUCGACGAAGAUUUAACGAAAAAUCAAGUUACAGGAUUGGUGUUUUUGAACACAGCGUAUGCCAAAGUGUCGGAUCACAUAAAAUCGGUCAAUGAAAACAUUCAAAAGAACUACGACAUUUUGAUGAAGCUUAAUAUUUUAAAAGGAAUGCUGAUGGAAGAUAAUAUACGUUCAAGGGGAUUGACACCAUGGAUUAAAUACAUGUCCAAAUACAAAAAUAUUGAUAACAGUUAUUAUUAAAUAUUUACCUUACAGUAGGUAACAUAUACAUGACCAAUUACAAUAGUUAUACCAACAAAUAUUAUACACAAAUUAACACAAUCAUUUGGUUUGUGACGUUUGUGUUUACGAUAAUAAUUAAAUAUACUGAAAUGAGUUGUUUA